GUACUUUCGGUUCAUAUCAGAUUAUGAUGAGCUCUCAGGCUGGAUAGAUGAAAAGACAGCUCUGAUCAAUGCUGAUAAAUUGCCAGAAGAUGUGGCCGGUGGGGAAGCUCUACUGGACAGGCACCAGCAGCAUAAGGAUGGACCUCCAAGUGGCACAGAACACACACCAGAUGAAGGGCAGGACAGAACUUCAAGUGGACCAGAAAGUGCACUAGAAAAAGGACAGGUCAGUCCCGAUUUUCUGAAUCAGGCAGACAACUCCAGUGCUUCGGACGGAUCUUCACCCAGUCCAAAACGUGCACCAGAUGAAGGACAGGAAACUAUGCACUUCAAGGAACGGACACUUGAUGAAAGAAGGGUAGAGCAGAGAAACACCAUUGUUGUUCAGUACAGGUUGAUCUAUCAGGAUAUUAAGGGAAAACAUCAGAAGCAUAAAGCUUUUGAAGAGGAAAUACAAGCCAAAGAAAGUGACCUUCUUGAACUGGAAGAGACCAGGGAAGCCCGAUUAAAUGAAGAUCAUUUUGCCCAUGAAGAUACUAAGACCCAUCUGGAAGAACUACGCAGACUGUGGGACCUGCUGCUGGAGCUGACCAAGGAGAAGAGUGACUGGCUAUGGCAGAACCUGAAGUUCUAUCAGUACUUCCUGGAGUGUGGUGAUAUCUUGGAAUGGAUUGAAGAGAAGAAAUCUAUUGUGACAUCUACAGAGCUGGGUGAGGCCUGGGAGCGCACAGAAUUUUUGCAUAAGAAGUUUGAAGAGUUUCAGGAGGAACUGUCAGCUCGAAAGAGGAGAGUGGAUGAAGUGAACAAAUAUGCCAAUGAGUGUGCUGAGGAGAACCAUCCAGAGCUGCUCGUGAUAAAGCUAGAGCAGGAUGAGGUCAAUGCUGCUUGGAAGGAUCUCUCUAACCUGGCUUCCCAGAGAAGGGAAACUUUGUCCGGUGCUGCAGAUCUCCAGAGAUUCAAAAGGGAUGUGACGGAAGCCAUCCAGUGGAUCAAAGAGAAGGAGCCUCUUCUCAUCUCUGAAGACUAUGGCAAAGACCUUGUUAGCUCUGAGGCCCUGUUUCACAGUCACAAGGGACUGGAAAGGAGCCUUGCAGUCAUGGAUGACAAGAUUGACUCUUACGAUGAACGGUUUCAAUCUGCUGAUGAGAUUGGUCAAGAACUACAGGACAGCGAGCACGAAGCCUCUGAAGAAAUUAAGGAAAAGAUGAAGACGCUUGCCGACAACUGGGUCGCCCUGCGUGCACUGUGGGAGGAGCGUCAGCAACAGUAUCAGCAGUGCUUGGACUUUCACCUCUUCUGCCGAGACCGUGAGCAAGUGGACAGUUGGAUGAGCAGGCAAGAGGCCUUCCUGGAAAAUGAAGACUUAGGAAAUUCAGUGGAAUUAGAAGCCCUGCUUCAGAAGCAUGAUGACUUUGAGGAAGCCUUUACUGCCCAGGAAGAGAAGAUCAUAUGUGGAGCACAAGAUGCCCUGCGUGAAAGAGCUCAUACUAGACGGAAACUGCUGACAGAGUCCCUGUUCUUGCAACGUCUGUACCAGGACUCAGACUACUUAAAAAAUUGGAUCAAUAAGAAAAAAACGUUGGCAGAUGACAAAGAUUACAAGGAUAUACAGAACUUGAAAAGUCGGGUUCAAAAGCAGGAAGACUUUGAAAAGGAAUUGGCAGCUAAUGAGAUCAUACUUACAGACCUCAAAAGAACUGGCCAGAAGAUGGUGGAUGACGGCCACUAUGCUUCUAAGGAUGUGAAAGCUCGUGUCAGUGAGGUUGUAGGUCUCUGGGAGGAGCUGCUUGCCGCGACAAAGCAAAAAGGGACCCAGUUGCACGAAGCCAAUCAGCAGCUACGAUUUGAAAAUACCGCAGAAGACCUGGAGCGCUGGCUGGAUGAGGUGCAGAGUCAGGUCACCUCUGAGGACUAUGGAAGAGGCCUGGCUGAUGUGCAGAAUCUGCUCAGGAAGCACGGCCUGUUGGAGUCAGCUGUGAACACUCGCCAGGACCAAGUGGACACCCUCACAGAGAUGGCUGAGCAUUUUGAAGAAAUAAGCCACCCUGAUUCUAGGAAGAUGAGGGCAAGGCAGCAGUCUUUGGCAUCCAGGUUUGAAGCUCUAAAAGAACCACUGGCUUCGUGGAAGAAGAAGCUCAUUGAUCUCCUCCAUCUGCAGCAGAUCUGCAGAGACUCGGAAGAUGAGGAGGCCUGGAUCCAAGAGACUGAGCCCUCAGCAGCCUCCACCCACCUUGGGAAGGACUUGGUUGUAGCUAAGAAGCUUCUGAACAGGCACCAAGUGAUCCUGGCCGACAUUGCCAGCCAUGAGCCACACAUCCGAGUGAUAACAGAAGGGGGAAACACGAUGGUAGAGAAAGGACACUUUGCUGCAGAUGAUAUAGCUUCGAGGGUUCAGAGUCUGAACAAGAACAUGGAGUCUCUCUGUGCUCGAGCUAACAGGCGGCAGGAUGCUCUUGAGGCGAAUGUCGCUUUCCAGCAGUACCUGGCUGACCUGCAUGAAGCAGAAGCGUGGAUUAGAGAGAAGGAGCCGAUUGUGGACAACACUAACUAUGGGGCUGACGAAGAAGCAGCUGGGGCUCUUCUCAAGAAGCAUGAGGCCUUCCUGGCAGAUCUCGAUGUGUUUGGACACAGUAUGAAAGCACUACAGGAGCAAGCAGAAGCCUGCCGGCAACAACAGGCUGCACCUGUGGGUGAUGCUGCUCAAGAAGUGAGAAUUCUGGCUUUAUUUGACUUCCAGGCCAGGAGUCUGCGAGAAGUCACCAUGAAGAAGAAUGACAUCUUAACUCUGCUCAGUUCCAUCAACAAGGACUGGUGGAAGGUUGAAGCUGAUGAUCACCAGGGCUUUGUCCCCUCAAACCAUGUCAGGAAACUGGCCCCACAUGAGCUCCCGAUGCUCCCACAGAGGCGACGAGAAGAGCCACGCAACAUUGCCCAGCACCAGGAGCAGAUCGAGCAGUUAUACCACUCCCUCCUUGAUCGGGCUGAAGAACGCAGACGUGGGCUGCUGCAACGUUACAAUGAGUUUCGGUUGGCUUAUGAGGCGGGAGAUAUGCUCGAGUGGAUCCAAGAGAAAAAGGCAGAAAACACGGGUGUUCAAAUAGAUGAUGUCUGGGUGCUACAGAAAAAAUGUAAUGAGUUCCAAAAGGAUUUGAAGACCAAUAAGUCUCGACUGAAUGAAAUUAACAAGGUAGCUGACGAGCUGUUACUUGAAAAGCUUCUAACUCCAGAAGGUGCUCAUAUCCGUCAGGAAGUGAAUACUCGCUGGGACUCCCUGCAGAGGCUUGCAGAUGAGCAGCAGCAAAUGCUGAGCAGUGCCCAUGCCGUCGAGGUGUUCCACAGAGAAGCAGAUGAUAUGAAAGAGGAGAUUGAGAAGAAAUGCCAGGCCCUCAGGGUUGCAGACCCAGGCUUAGAUCUGCUCAGUGUUGAGGCCCUUCAGCGCCAGCAUGAGAUCUUUGAGAAAGACCUCAUCCCCCUGGGAGAGAAGGUCACCAAGUUGGGGGAGACAGCAGAGCGGCUCAGUGAGUCCCACCCAGAUGCCAUGGAGGACCUGCAGAGAAAGCAAAUAGAGCUGAACAAGGGCUGGGAAGACUUGCAGGAGCUUACAAAGGAUCGCAAGGAGGUCCUGAGUGAGGCCCACAGAUUCUAUCUGUUUCUCAGUAAGGCCAGUGACUUAGAAAACUGGAUGAAAGGCAUUGAUGGCACCGUGUCAUCAAAGAAGCUGGGCAGUGACUUAACUGCCAUUGAAAUCUUAUUAAAGCGACACCAGGAGCAUCAUAGGGAAAUGGAGGCAGAGACCCCUACCUUUCAGGCCUUAGAGGAGUUUGGCAGAGAACUCAUUGACAGUGGGCAUAGUAAUAGCCUUGAAAUUGAGAAGAAACUUCAAGCUGUCCAACAAAGCAGAGAGAAUUUGGAGAAAUCUUGGCAGGACCGUAAAAUGCUUCUAGACCAAUGCCUGCAAUUGCUGUUUUUCCAAGGGGACUGUGAGCAGGCUGAGAGCUGGAUGGUGGCACGUGAGAGUUCCCUGAGGUCAGAUGACAAGGAUUCCUUCAGUAGCCUAGAGGCCUUGAUGAAGAAACGAGAUAACUUGAGAACAGCAAUCUUUGCCCAGGAAGAAAAGAUCACCAACUUAAAGCAAUUUGCUGAUCGGCUUAUGUCUGAUGACCACUAUGCCAAGCAACAGAUUUCUACCUGCCUCCAAAAAGUGCUCGACAGAUGGAAUGCUCUUAAAGAACUGCUGAAUGCUGAGCGGGAAAAACUUGGGAAUCUGGCCGACCUAAAACAGUUCCUCCGAGAUGCUGAGGAGCUAAAAGAAUGGAUCCAGGAGAAGCUACCCACAGCCUUGGAUGAAACCUACAAAGACCCUAGCAACAUACAGAGGAAGUAUGUGAAACACAAGGCCUUUGAAAAUGAAGUCAGUGGUCGAGCUACAGAAGUAGAAGGGGUCCUGAACCUGGGCAAAACCCUCCUUGAGCGAAAAGCAUGCAAUGGCAAUGAAGAGACUGUCGAGGAACAGUGGGAAGAUCUAGAAAAAUGCUGGAACUUUCUCUUGGAGAAAACAACUGAUAAAGGGCAGAAACUUGAUGAGGCGAGUCGCCAACAGAGGUUCAACUCAGGCAUCCGGGAUUUCCAGUUCUGGCUUUCAGAGGCAGAGACGCUGCUGGCCCUGAAAGACCAGGCCAAGGACUUGGCUUCAGCAGGAAACCUGCUCAAGAAGCACCAGCUACUGGAAGCAGGGAUGUUGGCUCGAAAGGAUGCACUUCAGGACCUGAAUACUUUGGCUCAGGAACUUCUCUCCAGUGGAAAUUUCAACACUGACAUGAUAAAAGAGGAAACACAGAAUGUCAAUGAGCACUUUGAGAGUGUCAAAGGCUUGGCUGCUGCAUACCAUGAGAACCUGAAGGUGGACUAUGCCUUGUUCCAGUUUUUCCAGGAUCUAGAUGCUGAGGAGUCAUGGCUAGAGGAGAAGUUGUUGCGAGUGAGCUCCCAGGAUUAUGGCAAAGAUCUACAGAAUGUUCAGAACUUAUUCAAGAAGCAUAAACGCCUAGAGGGGGAGCUGGUGGCACAUGAACGUGCUGUCCAGAAUGUUCUGGAUAUGGCAGAAAGCUUGAAAGACAAGGCAGCUGAGAAACAAGAGAAGAUACAGGAGCAGAUGGCUCAGUUUGUUGAACACUGGGAUAAGCUCAAAGAGUUGGCCAAAGCUCGAGGUCUUCAACUGGAGGAGUCUCUGCAGUACCUGCAGUUCAUGGAGAGUGCAGAAGAAGAAGAAGUGUGGAUCAGAGAGAAGAAAGCUGUGGCUGACCGAGGGGAUUCUGGAGACACACCGAUUGCUACUCAGAACCUACUAAAGAAGCAUGAAGCUUUGGCUAGUGACUUUGCUGCUCAUGAGGCCCUAGUGCAAAACGUGUGUGGACAAGGAGAAGACCUCCUAAAUAAGGAGGAGGAGGAUCAGAACAAGGAGUCCAUUUCUGUUAAGAUUGAAUCUCUGAAAGAAAUGACUUCUUCUUUGGCCAAGGCAUUAGAGGAUUGGAAGGUGCAAUUGGAAGAUGAUCUUGCCUUACAGCAGUUCAACUGGGAGGCUGAUGUGGCAGAGUCCUGGAUAGAUGAGAAAGAAGCAAGUUUGAAGACCAAGGGAAAUGGUGUAGAUCUCACUGACUUUCUCACACCACUCACAAAACAGGACACGAUGAAUGCAAGUCUUCAGAGCUUCCAGCAAGAACAACUUUCUAAGAUCACUGACCUCAAGAACCACCUGGUAUCUGUUCAGCAUAGCCAGGCCAAAGCCAUUGAGGAGCGCCAUGCUGCCCUGCAGAAGCGCUGGGAGCAGCUGUGGGAAGCUGCUGAAGCCCACAGAGAGAAACUGCGGGAGAAGCAGCUACCUCGACAGCAGGCUGAGGAGCUGUUCAUGGAGUUUGCAAACAAGGCAUCAGCUUUUAACAACUGGUGUGAGAAUGCAGAGGAGGAUCUGUCAGAGCCUGUGCACUGCGUCUCCCUCAAUGAGGUCCGGCAGCUGCAGAAGGACCAUGAGGCCUUUGUGGCCUUUAUGGCUGGGCCUCAAGAAGACUUCAAACAUUUGCUAGAGCUUGACCAGAAGAUCAAGGCCUUAAAAGUCCCCUCCAGUCCUUACACCUGGCUAACGGUGGAGGUGCUGGAAAGGGUCUGGAAACACUUGUCUGAGGUCAUCCAGGAACGGGAACAAGAGCUUCAAAAGGAAGAAGAAAGGCAGGUCAAGAACUUUGAGAUGUGCCAAGAAUUUGAACAAAAUGCCAGUGCCUUCCUGCAGUGGAUCCAGGAGACCAGGUCUUAUUUUCUGGAUGGAUCUUUGCUCAAAGAAACAGGAACCCUGGAAUCCCAACUAGAGGCAAAUAAAAGGAAGCAGAAAGAGAUCCAAGCAAUGAAGCGCCAGCUAACCAAGAUUGAGGACCUAGGUGACAGCAUGGAAGAGGCUCUGAUCCUUGACAUAAAGUACAGCACCAUUGGACUGGCCCAGCAGUGGGACCAGCUCCAUGAGCUGGGAAUGCGGAUGCAGCACAACCUGGAGCAACAGAUCCAAGCCAAGGAUACAAUAGGUGUAAGUGAGGACACACUAAAGGAGUUUAGCACCACGUAUAAACAUUUUGAUGAGGAUAUGACAGGGCGUUUGACUCACCAAGAAUUCCGAUCCUGCCUGAGAGGACUCAAUUACAAUUUGCCCAUGGUAGAAGAUGAUGAACCUGAGCCCAAGUUUCAGAAGUUCUUGGAUGCUGUGGAUCCAGGGAGGAAAGGCUAUGUCUCACUGGAAGAUUAUACAUCAUUCCUGAUUGACAAAGAGUCAGAAAAUGUCAAGACCAGAGAUGACAUAGAGAGUGCUUUUCAGGCCCUGGCAGAGGGAAAACCCUACAUUACCAAAGAUGAUCUGAAGCAGGCUCUAACCCCAGAGCAAGUGGCAUUCUGUACCACCCAUAUGCAGCAGUAUGAGGACCCAAAGGUCAAAGAAAAGCUUCAGGCUAUGAUUAUGUUGGCUUCACCAAUUCUUACUUUGGUAACUGAUACACAGAUCUCGAUCAUAGAAAAUUCACCUGGUAGAAUGUAUUGGGAGAUGAAGGAGAUAGGACAGUAUGGUGUGUAA